AUGAAACCCCUAACCUACCUCUCCCUCCUCCUCGGCAUCUCUGCAACCACCGCCCUCGCCGCACUCGGCCCAGACGCAACCCCCGACGAGGUCGCCGCGGCGGAAGCUGAGUGCGGAUCCCUGGGCGUGAUGAGGAUCGACCCAGCAGACCUACCAGAGGGCAUUACGAUGGAUGAUGUCCGCAUGUGCGCCGACCACCCGCUCGGCCCCGGGGCGUACCCAGAUCUGGGUCCUGGUGUUGUCAACAGGAUCCGUCGGUUCUUGCCGAGUUGGGUAUUUUAA